AUGGCGGCCAUGGAGGUCGACCCUGCGCCCAGCGCGCCGGGCCCGUCGGCCCCAGCAUCCAAGGGCCCCAUGAUGCCGUGGGUCGAGAAGUACAGGCCCACCCUCAUUGAGGAGAUCGUGGGGAACACCGAGGCCGUCUCCCGGCUCCAGGAAAUCGCCUCGAUGGGCAAUAUGCCCAACCUCAUCUUCUCGGGCCCGCCAGGCACAGGCAAGACGACGAGCGUGCUCUGCCUGGCGCGCGCCCUCCUCGGCCCCGCGUACAAGGACGCCGUCCUCGAGCUCAACGCGUCGGACGACCGCGGCAUCGACGUCGUGCGCAACAAGAUCAAGAUGUUUGCGCAGUGCAAAGUCACGCUCCCGCCGGGGCGCCACAAGGUCGUCAUCCUCGACGAGGCCGACUCGAUGACCGCGGGCGCGCAGCAGGCCCUGCGCCGCACGAUGGAGAUCUACAGCGGCACCACGCGCUUCGCCCUGGCGUGCAACCAGUCGUCCAAGGUGAUCGAACCGAUUCAGUCGCGGUGCGCGAUCGUGCGGUUCUCGAAGCUGUCCGACGGAGAGAUCCUCGAGCGGCUGCGGCGCGUGUGCCAGGAGGAGAACGUCGGGUACACGGACGACGGUAUGGAGGCGAUCAUCUUCACGGCAGACGGCGACAUGCGGCAGGCGCUGAACAACCUCCAGGCGACGCACAGCGGGUUUGGGUUCGUCAACUCGGACAGCGUCUUCAAGGUGUGCGACCAGCCGCACCCGCUGCUCGUCGCGCAGAUCGUCAAGGCCUGCGCGGCGAUCAACCUCGGGGAGGCCUACGAGGGCAUGCGCGCGCUGCACGGCCUGGGGUACUCGCCGUCCGACAUCGUCACGACGCUCUUCCGCGUCACGCGCAACUUCGACUCGCUGCCGGAGUUCCUCAAGCUCGAGUUCAUCCGCGAGAUUGGUAUGUGUCACAUGCGCAUCGGCGACGGCGUCAGCACCGCGCUGCAGCUCAGCGGCCUGGUCGCCAAGCUGUGCAAGGUCGCCAGGCGCGCAAAGGGGUAG